GGCGUCCCUUGCUAUGAAGUGUACAAUGUUCACAUAUCGCGUUUACCGAUCGAUAUCAAUGGAGGACUCGCAUUUUUCGGGGUCUCCUGAGCGCUUCGUAUAUUUCGUGAAUUUAGUGUUCGGUUGAGUGAAAAAGUCUUAGAAAGUGUUGUUUUUGCCCAGUUACAUCACAGAAAGCAUGAAGAGCUUCUAAUAGGAGUGCAAAAUGUCUUUCAAAUCACGCAGGUCGUAACGAAGAAACAAUUAUAAAGUCACAACAAGUGUUGUGGUAGUACAGCGGGUGGGAAGCCAAUGGUCCGGGAGAGUCAGGGGGAUUCAGACUACAGCAACAUGAACUCAGCCGUCAGCUCAGAAUCUAUGGACUUGGCUGAAGAGGACAUGUCCCAAGUGGACGGGUGCGGGCUAAGCGGCGGCUCGGAGGACGAGGACGAGUGCGCGUCGUCGCCGGCUGGCUCCGCUUACGAGGACGGCGCUGAUGUCAUCAAGAGCGCCAUGAGCGAUGAGGUCACCAAGCAGCUGGCUGCCGCUGGACCGGUGGGCAUGGCCGCCGCGGCAGCUAUUGCGUCAUCGAAAAAACGUAAGAGGCCACAUUCCUUCGAAACGAACCCCUCAGUCAGGAAGAGACACCAGAACAGACUACUUAGAAAACUGAGACAAACGAUCGAGGAGUUCGCGACGCGCGUGGGGCAGCAGGCCGUGGUGCUGGUGGCGACGCCCGGCAAGCCCAACACCUCGUACCGCGUGUUCGGCGCCAAGCCGCUGGAGGACGUCGUGCGCAACCUGCGCUGCAUGAUCAUGGAGGAGCUCGAGAACGCGCUCGCGCAGCAGUUCGGGCUGGGCGGGUGCCCGCAGGCGCCGCCGCCGCCGCUGGACGACCCCUCGCUGUUCGAGCUGCCGCCGCUCAUCAUCGACGGCAUCCCCACGCCCGUCGAGAAGAUGACGCAGGCGCAGCUGCGCGCCUUCAUCCCGCUCAUGCUCAAGUACUCCAUGGUGCGCGGCAAGCCAGGCUGGGGCCGCGAGUCGACCCGGCCGCCGUGGUGGCCCAAGGACCUGCCGUGGGCCAACGUGCGCAUGGACGCGCGCUCCGAGGACGAGAAGCAGAAAAUGUCGUGGACGCAUGCGCUGCGACAGAUCGUCAUCAACUGCUACAAGUACCACGGCCGAGAGGACCUGCUGCCCGCCUUCACCGAGGACGAGGACGACAAGAUCGCCGUACAGCAGUCGUGCGCGGGCAGCUCCAGCUCGCCGAGCGCGUCGGGCGCGCGCGCGCACGCGUCCGCCGUGCUGUCGUCGUCGCAAGUCUGCAUCGACCAGAUGACCCUCACCGACGUGGACAUGUCGCAGUACGCGCCGGCCGUUCUGCAGACGAUCACGAACCCGGACGGCUCGGUUUCGCUGAUCCAGGUGGACCCAAGCAACCACAUCAUUACGCUGCCCGACGGCACCACGGCGCAAGUGGUCAGUAUCGAUACACGAUCUGCCGAAAAUACCCGAAACUGGAUCGACGGAUCCUUUAAAAUCCACAGCGGCGAGGGGGGCGGCGUGGUGCAGGCGUUGGAGGGGGACGGCGCGGUGGCCGUCGACCUCAACGCCGUGGCCGAGGCCACGCUCAACCACGACGGACAGAUCAUACUCACGGGCGAGGACGGACACGGUUACCCGGUGUCGGUGUCGGGCGUGAUAACAGUGCCGGUGUCUGCGUCUGUGUACCAGUCCAUGGUGGCGUCCAUGCAGCAGCAGGACGGCGUCUGCGUCGCGCCGCUCGUGCAGGUGGAGCAGAACGGCGAGACGCUGGAGGCGAUCUCCAUGGGCGGCGGGGUGGCGCAGGUCAUGCUGCAGGGCGGCGGGGAGGCGCAGGUGCUGCAGGUGCUCAGUCUCAAGGACGCCACAGUGCUCACCAAGGCCAUGCAAGUGAAAUCCGAGCGCGACGCGGUGGCGGCCGACUCCUAGCUGCUGCGCGCGCCCUCCCCGCGCCCGCGCCCGCGCCCGCCGCGCGCCCCGCGCCC